GAGUAACUGCUUUUUGAUGUACUAGUACUGAGAGUCUGCCUUCUCUGGCAAGAACAGUGGAAGCUCUUCAGUAAGCUAAUUUUGUUCUGUGUAUGUGUGCUGUAGCCUCUACUAGGCUUCAAAAGCGACUGGAAAGAAUAGAAUUUGACAUAACAUGCCAAAGGAGUUGGUCUGCUAGCUAUAGUACAGUUUUCUGGUGCGGCAUACUUUGCUCUCUUGCGGACCAACUCCCCAGGCAUGUUAUAUCUCUAUUUGGCCAAAUUCUACUCUUUCCAGCCGCCUCCCGAAGCCUGGUAGGGGCUAUAUGUGUUUGACCAUUUCUUGUCUUUCAGUCUAAUCGUCAGUUAUUAGUCCGGGAACACUUUAGAGAAGAAGAAGAAGACCGAAGAUGAUUUCGGGACUUCUUGCCGGGUGUCUGGUGUUGGUGCUGGUCGCCAUCUUGGUGCAGGCCGUCAGCAGGAAACGAUCCCCAGACGAGCCGCCGCUUGAGGCCGGGCCGGUGCCGUAUCUGGGCGUGGCGCUGCAGUUCGCCGCCGACAGCCUCAAGUUCAUCCGGUCGCGUCAGGAGAAGUACGGGGACGUCUUCACGGUCAAACUCGCGGGCAAGUUCACCACGUUCGUGCUAGACCCGCACUCCUACAGCGACGUCAUGCGGCAGCACAAAAUUCUUGACUUUAAAACGGUUGGGAUGGACAUAGUAGAGCGCGGUUUCGGCACCACACAUUUCGAGCGGACCGGAAGAGCGCAUAUAUUGCACACGGCUGAUGCCUACUUCCCGGUACAUCUACAGGGCAGCGCCCUGGACCCGCUCACGAACUGCAUGAUGGGACACCUGCAGACGGCCAUGUUGGCUGACAUGGGUCCUGAAACAGCCUGGAAGAAAGACGGCCUGUGGUCUUUCGUCCGCCGGAUCAUCUCCGAGGCGUCCUUCCUCACCAUCUUCGGGCGCCACAAGACGCAGCCGGUGGAGCAGGAGCGCGCGCGGUUCAUGGUCGCCAUGGAGACGUUCUGGGAGUACGACAGGAAGUUCCCUCAGGUCGUGGCGGGAAUACCGUGGUGCAUGCUGGGAAAGGCCAAGGGGCAGCUGGACUUCCUUCUGACGUUCAUGCACAAGGACCAGCUGUCCCAGCGACACGUGCUGCAGCUGAUAGAACAGCGUGACGAGGUGUUCUGUGGAGGCGGGCUGAGCGGCAGGGAGCUGGCAGGCGCGCACUUCUCAACUAUGUGGGCCUCUCUGAGUAACACCCUGCCCACGGCGUUCUGGACUCUCUUCCACCUUCUGCAGGAUCCCGUCGCCAUGGCAGCGGUCAGGAAGGAGGUGGAGACGCUGUUGAAGGAGACGGGGCAGACCGUGUCUGGAUUCCGGGAUGGAGGGGAGAAAAUCGACUUCACCAGGCAACAGCUAGCCGACAUGGCUUGUCUCGGAAGUGUAGUGAACGAAGCCCUGCGCGUGAGCAGUGUGUCCAUCGUCCUCCGCCAGGCGCUGGAGGAAACCACCAUAGCCCUCAACUCCGGCAGUACCUUCAAGAUCCGCAAGGGGGACAGGGUGGCGCUGUUCCCACAGAUCGUUCACAUGGACCCGGAAGUGUACGAAGAUCCGGAGACUUUCAAGUACGACCGCUAUCUUGAGAACGGGAAGGAAAAGACCACCUUCUACAAGAACGGCAAGAAGCUCCGUCACUACCUCGUACCUUUCGGCAUAGGAACUUCCCGAUGCCCAGGCCGCUUCUUCGCCGUGAACGAGAUCAAACAGUUCGUGUCUCUGAUCGUCUGCUACUUCGACAUGGAGUUGGUGGACAGGGAAACCCCUCCGCUGGACCAAUCACGCACCGGGCUCGGUAUCCUUCCGCCCAGCACCGACCCCGUCUUCCGCUACAGGAUCAAGUAGCGGUUUUGCUACUUCUCGAUUCAAAUUGCAACAACAGCGGUUACAACAAAUUGCAACAACAACGGUUACAACAAAUUGCAACAACAGCGGUUACAACAAAUUGCAACAACAACGGUUACAACAAAUUGCAACAACAACGGUUACAACAAAUUGCAACAACAACUGUUACAACAAAUUGCAACAACAGCGGUU